AUGGAACAAACUCGCUCCAACGAUUCAUCCAUGGCUCCCCCAAAAGAAAUCCCUGUGCUGCUGUCCCCUUCUUCCUACAAGCAUCGACAAGCCAAGGAGGCCCAGGCAAAGCAAAGUAAAUUGGUCCCAAAGCAGCAAGAAUCCCCUGCUAUACCGGCAUCGACGCGAAAUGACGAGUUAUCAAGAGAGCUUCACCGGGGCGCGCCAACCGACGAUACGCGUCUGAAACACAGUUUGAUAAGCUCUCCCGGCCAGAGAGAGCUGGCCAGGCAGCGAAAUCAGUAUUUCAACGAGGCGUUCGGCUUGAGGGAGCCAUACCAUACCUCGCGACAUAGAGUGAACCAAGAUUCCAUCGUUGUUGUCGAGAUAAAGACGAAUCUGCAGGCGGAAGAUGGAGUCAGGAUCGUGUCGGAUAUGACUUUUAGCUUCGCUCAAAUAUUUCAACGGCCAGAGAGUUCCAUGAUGAUCGUGCUGGAUGAUCGAGCCUAUCUCGGUUUCGGGGCUUCAGCAGAGCCAGCAUACCUUAUGACUGUUUCCGCGUUGCCGCACAUGGUCAAGCCAACAAUGAAUAUGCGACAUACGGCGCUGAUCCAAUCAGCUAUGGAAGAGAUACUGGGCAUCUCCAAAGAUCGUGGGGUUGUCAAAUUUAUAUCGAUGAAUGAGGAAAGCUUUGCUACAAACGGUUCUACCAUCAAGGAUGAGAUUGAACAAAUGGAGCGAACUUCACAUGAGGAAAAUGGUCUCAUGAAAACCAUUUCUCGGUCUAUGACUCGCAGAGCUAAGCCGAACACUACAAAGAAUACCACUCCAACAGCCCAGCCCAAUCACUCCCGGCGUACUCCGGUUCAAAGAACGUCGACCGAAGACGAAUCGCCCAAGGCCGGGGUUCUCAUUGGGCCGUCUUCGGGUGAUAGCGGAAGGAAGGUAAAGAAAUACAAGAGCCUUGCGAAACUCUUUUCUCAUUAA